CUGCAGGUACCGGAGGAGCGGAGCGGCCGGGAGGGGCUGGGUCCCCUGGGGCUCCCCGCCGAACCGAUCCAAGGCGGAGGGAUGCCCCGGCUCAGACGGAUCCCAGAGUCUUGCCUCCUGCCCAAACCCUUCCCCUCGGGUUAGCCCUCCAAACCUGCUCACCGCUCGAACCCAGGUCCUGAGGGUUUGAACCCCCAAUACCGCCUCUCUCGGGACUACUCAUCUUAAAGCCUCCUCGCCCCCUUCCAAGUCUAUUUCUCAUUCCCACCCUGAGCCCCGAAAACUAGCCUCUGCUCCUAACAUUCCUCCAAUCCAGAGGUUCCCCUCGUACGUGACCCUCAGACCCACGCCCUCCCCAUCUUGUGACCCGGCCCCAAACUCCCCUCACCAUACAUCCGUUCCUCUGCUCAGUCUGGGCCCAGGCCCCUGUGGCCCUGAAGACAUGGAGUUUGUAUCUGGAUACCGGGAUGAAUUCCUUGAUUUCGCUGCCCUCCUGUUUGGCUGGUUCCGAAAGUUUGCGACGGAGCGCGGGGCUGUGGGGGCCAGCCUUGAGGGCCGCUGGCGCCAGCUGGAGACGCAGAUCAGAAGGCUGCCCCAGGACCCCGCCCUUUGGGUGCUGCAUGUUCUGCCCAACCGUAAUGUGGGCAUCAGCCUGGGGCAAGGAGCAGAGCCAGGCCCUGGAUCGGGCCUGGGGGCUGCCCAGUUCCUGGGAGAUGAGCCCCCACUCCACCUGCGAGACCUAAGCCCCUAUGUCAGUUUUGUCAGCCUGGAGGAAGGGGAGGAAGCAGAGGAGGAGGAGGAGGAAGAGGAAGAGGAUGGAGAGGAGGAGGGUGCAGGCUUGGAGAAGGUAGAUCCAGACAAAAAUGGGGCCCCUGCCCCUACCAGCAGGGACUCCCCCCAGGAAGCAAACCCUCCAGGGAGGCCAGAGGAGCCGGAGCAAGAGGCAGGAGGUGGAGGAGGUGGCCAGGAUUGCUGCCGAGAAGACACGGCAGAGGGCGAAGCAGUCCCUGAGAGGAGGAAGGGGCGGAGAAGUGAGGCUGCCCCCCUGCACCUUUCCUGCCUCUUACUGGUAACAGAUGAACAUGGCACCAUCUUGGGCAUUGACCUACUAAUGGAUGGAGCCCAGGGCAGUGCCGGCAAGGGCUCAGGGCCAGAGAACCUGGCCCCUCGGGCCUAUGCUCUCCUCUGCCACAGCAUGGCCUGCCCCAUGGGCUCCGGAGACCCUCGAAAGCCCCGACAGCUGACUGUGGGAGAUGCCCAGCUGCAUCGAGAGCUGGAGAGUCUGGUCCCGAGGCUGGGAGUGAAGCUAGCCAAGACGCCGAUGCGGACAUGGGGUCCCCGGCCAGGCUUCACGUUUGCCUCCCUUCGGGCUCGAACCUGCCACGUUUGUCACAGACAUAGCUUUGAAGUGAAGCUGACACCUUGCCCCCAGUGUAGUGCGGUCUUGUACUGCGGAGAGUCUUGUCUCCGGGCUGACUGGCGGCGAUGUCCGGAUGACGUGAGCCACAGGUUUUGGUGCCCAAGGCUCGCGGCCUUCAUGGAACGUGCCGGAGAACUGGCAACUCUGCCUUUUACCUACGCCACAGAGGUGACCAGUGAAACCUUCAACAAGGAGGCCUUCCUGGUCUCACGGGGCCUCACUCGUGGCUACUGGACCCAGCUCAGCAUGCUGAUUCCAGGCCCUGGCACGCCCAGGCACCCCCGGGGCAGCACGCCAUCCCUCAGCCUUCUUCUCAGUGGAGAUCCCUACCAGCUUCUCCAGGGGGAUGGUCCUGCCCUGAUGCCUCCUGUGCCCCCAGAUCCACCCAGGAGCCUCUUUGGCUCAUGGCAGGAUUACUACCGGUGGAGGGGCCUCGGCCUGGACUCCCCCAUGGCUGUGCUUCUCACCUACCCGCUGACUGUGUACUACGUCAUCACUCACCUGGUGCCCCAGUCCUUCCCUGAGCUCAACAUCCAGAACAAGCAGUCACUGAAAAUCCACGUGGUGGAGGCCGGGAAGGAGUUUGACCUGGUCAUGGUGUUUUGGGAGCUCUUGGUCCUGCUCCCCCACGUGGCCCUAGAGCUGCAGUUUGUGGGCGACGGCCUGCCCCCCGAGAGUGACCAGCAGCAUUUUACCCUGCAGAGGGAGGGCCCAGAAGUGUCUGUCCGUCCUGGUUCCGGGGUAUCGGGGCGGCUCAGCUCCGGGACCAAGGAGAAGGGGGGCCGCAGGGACCUGCAGAUCAAGGUGUCCGCACGGCCCUACCACCUGCUGCAGGGGCCCAAACCUGACCUGGUUAUCGGGUUUAACUCCGGCUUCGGUCUCAAGGACACCUGGCUGAGCUCGCUGCCCCGGCUCCAGUCCCUCCGAGUGCCGGCCUUCUUCACCGAGAGCAGCGAGUACGGCUGUGUGAUGGACGACCAGACCAUGGCGGUGGCCACGGGAGGGGGCACCAGCCCCCCGAGGCCCAAUCCCUUCCGCUCCCCUUUUCGCCUGCGAGCGGCCGACAACUGCAUGCCCUGGUACUGCAACGCCUUCAUCUUCCACCUGGUCUACAAGCCCCCGCAGGGGGGCGGGGCCCGCCCGGCGCCGGGGCCCGCGCCCCAGGCCCCGCCCCCCGCCGCGCCCCCCGCCCCCGCCCGCAGGCGCCGAGGGGAGAAGAAACCUGGGCGGGGGGCCCGCCGGCGCAGGUGAGGGCCCAGGUGUGGCCGCCCGGCGCCCCCCGCCCAACACGCCCCCGAAAGCAGAUCGGAGCCGCGCACGGCCGGGGGGAGGCGUUUGGCGGAUCGCGCGGAGGUAAAUAAAAGUGCUCGUUUGAAACCA